AUGUAUGAAUUGGCUGCGGCCCAAAUUGUGUACCAUCCAGGGGGCUGCCAGCGCAUCAAUGGGCAGGAUUCGUCGGCGAUUGGUAGUUACACGUUCACGUCUGGUGUCACGUUGUCUUCGCAAUUCACACCGUCUUCCCAAUUCCCACAUCCAGCGGUGUCUCCCCGUACCCACGGCGCAUCUGACGAGACCAACGAAGUUUACGACCCUCCAGCGCUUACGACCACUCCGCGGCAACGCCAGCAGCAGGCUGCUUACGACCCUGUCCCCGUUACUUCCCGCCAUACUCCUCCGCGCCCUUCCAGUGCUCACGGAAGCAUUCGUUCAUUGAGGCGAACGCCUCGUCUAUCUCAAACCCGACCUGCCUCGGUAGAUGGUUCAGGAUUCCCGGCUCGGAUAGAAGAAUCAAUCCCUGUCUUGGUACAACCUGCUUCACCGCAUACCGCUGGAAUCUCUGGGCUACGUCCAGCACUUUCGGAAGCGCAAACCGAAGACGACGACGAGGACGACUAUUCAAUACUCGGAACUAAUCCCCACCUACCCGGUCGCUCGUACUGGCCCCGUAGAUCCACCCGUGUUGAGCCAACUACAGCGUCCGCAAUUCUUUGGGCGCUAGAAGAGGCCAUUCGAAAACCGGUUCCUUUUACGUCAGAUUGGGAGGAAGUGAAUGCUUCCAUGUCUGAAUUGGCAGGUAUCCCUGGAUCAACAGGGUUCGGAGGAAAUGGGCGGACCCAGAAUGGAGCUUCGCGGGCUGCACAGGGCCCUGUGCCUGUAAACCCUCAUCCAGCGAGUGGUGUCAGGACCCCGACCGACAUUAUGCGACAGCGUCGCGAUCGGGAAGCUCGCAAACGGGCUGAACAGGAGGCUAGGGACAGGGAGCAGGAAGAAGCUGAGCACCAACAGGAAGCACGGGACAAGGCGCAAGCCCCGCCUUAUCCUGCUGGCGUUGCCGGAGACAGGACUUCGCAGCGGAGAGCUGCGGCUCCUAGAGCUGCUGCAGGACCGGAAGUCAAACCAGACCCACGUAGUGCAAUCCCCGCCGGCCAACAACCCCCCGGGCUGUCGUCUACCAUUCGACGCCCUACAACACAAUCUCAGGCACCAGGACCGCAGUCCCAGCAGGAACCAGUCCCACAGCAACAAAUGCCUCUCCAAUCUGCCCCAGGUUUGUCAAAACCACAAACACAGGCACCUCCAUCUGGCCAGCCUGGUGCUUCCCAACCACAGCAACAGCCACGUCGCGUCGCUUUCCCCCACGCAUUCGAACGCUGGGAAACCCUGUCUUCUCACUGGGAAGGACUUACUGGGUAUUGGAUUCGAAAGCUCGAACAGAACAACGAAGCAUUGGAACGUGACCCUAUCAGUCAGCAGAUGGCCCGUCAAGUCACUGACCUUUCUGCUGCUGGUGCGAACCUAUUCCACGCGGUCGUUGAGUUGCAGCGUUUGCGAGCGUCGUCCGAGCGAAAGUUCCAGCGGUGGUUCUUCGAUACGCGCUCGGAGCAAGAGCGAUCGAAGGAACUUCAGGCUGACCUGGAGCGGCAGCUACAGACGGAGCAGCAAGCUCGCGCUGAGGCAUUGACGUCGUCGCAAAAGGCCGAAACUGAUAAACUCCGGGCCGAGAACUUGCUCAAGGAAAUGCGCCGGGAGCUUCAGAUUUCCAAGGAGGAGGCGCGUCGGGCGUGGGAAGAGCUUGGUCGCCGCGAACAAGAGGAAAGGGACCGAACGAACUCCCUUCGAAGUGGGGAGCCCACACUAGUUGGGGGAGUCCAGGUAGUGCCCAUGAUUCAGGGUCUUCCAAACCGCCAGAAUUCCUCCAAUCGUUCCCAAACCCGACCCACCUCCUAUCAUGGCGGUGAGGGUAAUGGGAAAAUCGGGGUCACUACCCCGGAAGGUCAUUAUUACGACGAAACCCCUAUAUCGCCCGCAGACAAUGAUCCCUUCCAAGAAGCGCGCGGAGUUUGUCAGGAACUGGAGGCGCCGCACCCAGGCCCUUCCCACCCCCCGGUGACUACUACUGCAGAAGCACCGGGACACUACAGCGGCAGUUACUAUGACCAAGGAAGCGCGUACCAAAACCGCCCGUCUCCCGAGAAUGAUGAUCGCUCCUACGUUGGUAGCAGUGAGCCGGGCGAAGAGGAGUUUGGUGGCUAUCGACGCAACCCUCAAGGACGUCCAAUCGUUUACCCCCGGCCCAUGUCGGAGGAGAGCGACGAAGGAUCAAUGGACAGCGGCGAUCGUGGGUACAUGACGAGUACCAUGCCUCCAACUUCAGGGUCGUUGUAUGCCCCUAGCUAUGGCCAGAGCGGCUCCGUGGAUUACAGCGGCUCGGGGUGGGGUGGUGACUCUGGGUGGGAAUCGGUCACUCCUCGCCAUCGUCAUCCGACGCGCCUCAGUGAUGUCCUCGAGGAGGAAGAACCUCGGACAACCCCAAGCCGCGCCAGUCGUGCCAGUCGUGCCAGUCGUGCCAGCCAAGCCAGCCGAAGUGUACAUUGA